AUGGACAAUGAGACAAAUAACGAAACAACAAAACCAACAUCACAGGCUGCGUCAUUGGAUGCGCCUGAACAUCAAUUACCAAAGGCUGCGUCGUCGGAUGCGCCUAAACAUUCAGAACAAACGGUUGCGUCUCAGGAUGCGCUUAAGCGACAACCGCUCAAGGCUGCGUCCUCCGAUGCCCCUAAGUCUAAAAAUGCAAAUGAUGCGCCGAAGAAGGCUGCGUCCAAGGAUACGAUGAGGAAGGUAGCGGUACGGAAUGCGCCUACCCAGGCAGCGUUCCGAGAUGCACCAUCCACGUCGUUGUCCAAGGAUGCGCCGUGCAAGGCAACUCCCUCUACCCGACCAAGGACGGCUACUACAACGGUGGAACCAAGGAAAGACGCACUCCGAGAUGCGCCAAUUAAGGCUGCGUCAAAGGAAGCGUCCUCCAAGGGAAAACCAGUGGUGCUGACCGAGGCUGUGGCGGAGGGUUUGUCUUCAAAGGCUGCGUCAGAUGCAGAAAUAGACUAUCCAACGAUGGAUAUGUCAUCCCUUAAGGAUGCCAUACAAUCACCAUCAGACUCAACCUGGAAAACAAUAACAAAACCAAUGUCGGCCUCUAAGAAGCGGCGCCUUAAAGCCAAAGCGAAGGCAGCGGCACAACGUGCAUUGGCAGCAGAUGCUGCGAGGCAGAUCGCGGGAUCGGGUUCUCGCCCAGUGGAAACCAAACCAGUAGGAGAGGUAACAUUGGGCGGGCCCUCGGCACCUGCGUCUGUCGGUGCCAGUGCUACGCCUUCCACAGGCAUACGCAAGCGCAGCAUGAAACCAAGAGGUCGAAAGAAAUCAGGUAAUAAUCAACAAAAACCAGAGCCGAGGGCGCAGAAGCGUGCACGUCCAGAGGAUUCUGUAACACCGACUGGGGUUGGUAAAAAACCCAAAACCAACAAACCCCGAACGGUGAGAGGAACCGCUGCGUCGUACGCUGAAGCGGCCGCAACCUUCAUCGCUAACGAGCUCUGCGUUGCUGUUAUGAUGGAACCCUUCUCUGACAUGACGCAAGAGCAAGCUGAAGGUAUUCGGCAAGAAAUAGAAGGCAAGCUUCGGGAUGAGCUCAUGGCGGAACCGGAUGCUUCCCUUGAAACUGAACCAAACGAUAUAAGGUUCCGAGGCCGAGCACAUUAUGCGGAUGGCGUCCUCAAAACCUGGUGCGAGGAUGCUUUCACGCUAGCCUGGCUUAAUCGGACCGUUCAAAACAUGGCCUCACCGGUAGCUAAUUCAAAAUUGGUUGUCAGGCCACAAUCAGCUAUCCCAAAGAAAGUACCGUGUCUGCUAUUCGUACCGGGUCAUACUGGCGAUUCAGCUGCACUACGGAAGCUUUUGGCGCGGCAGAACCGCAACUUGAACAUUAACUCCUGGACACUGACACACGAGAGGGCCAGAUCGGAUCCCCCAGGAACCUGUCUGUUCUUCCGGGUGCCGGAAACGGAUGCUAAUCUGUUAAAGGCCCAGGACAGAAGAUUAUAUUACCUCAUGGGGAACAUUUAUAUUCGGUUUCUGGAUAAAGAUGUUUCCCCACAACCCAAUACAAACCCCACGCAACAACCGGAGGAGGCGCGAACCUUGACGCAGAGCGCGGCACCUAAGCCGACAUUGUCGACGAGGGAAGCUGCGACCGUGCCUGGGCACGCGGAACCCCCGAUUGCGAUGGAAGUGCAAAAUCUGCCUUCUCCGAGAUCUAUCUCGGAUGAAGAGUGCUUUCCGGAAGGGGGGGGAGAGAGUGAAACCAGCGAUGGUGUCCUCUACUCCUCCCCUCUCCGGGAAGACUAAAAUCAUACAGAUCAACCUCCAGCACAGCCAAACUGCAACGGCUUCCUUACGCAGAGUGCUGGAAAACAACACACAGACCAUAUCACUGAUCCAAGAGCCGUGGAUCAGGAAAAACAGGAUAUGUGGUCUUGGAAACAGCGGAGGAAAACUUCUUCUAGACACCUCCGAACCUGACAGCAGUCAGAUUAACUAGGACAGAACAGCAUCUCCCGGAUAUUGUCCUUGCCUCCGCAUACCUGCCGAGCGACGAGGACAUACCAACUCCGGAGCUCAACCUAUUGGUCGAGUUUUGUGAGAGGAAGA